AUUUAUUAAUUAAUGGCUCUUAAGAGAAUUCAAAAGGAGUUAGCUGACUUAGCCAAAGAUCCUCCAGCAAAUUGUUCUGCUGGACCAGUAGAUGAUAAAGAUAACUUUCAUUGGUAAGCAACUAUUAUGGGACCAGAAGGCUCACCAUAUUAAGGAGGAGUCUUUUUCUUAAAUAUUCACUUUCCUACAGAUUAUCCAUUUAAACCUCCUAAAAUUAACUUUGUUACUCGAAUUUAUCAUCCUAAUAUUAAUUAAAAUGGAGCCAUUUGUCUAGACAUAUUAAAAGAUCAAUGGUCACCUGCCCUCACUAUUAGCAAAGGUAUUUAAAAUACAUUAUAGAAUUAAUAGUAUUGCUCAGUAUUUCCUCACUUUUAACAGAUCCAAAUCCAGAUGAUCCUCUUGUUCCUGAAAUUGCAAGCAUUUUCAAAUAAGAUAAAAACAAAUAUGAACAAUUAGCAAGGGAGUAUACCAAAAAACAUGCAUAAUGAUAUUAUGAAUUCAU